UUUGCUCAUUAGUCUCAGAUUAAUUUCUAGCUAUAAUAUGUCAGACCAUAAAGACAAGCGAAUGCGAGCCUGUGUUAUAGGUGCGGGUGCGGCCGGUCUGUGUGCGGCCCGACAUCUAUCACAAUACCAGUCAGUAUUCACUUUCGAUGUCUACGAGAAGACAGCAAAAGUGGGCGGCGUUUGGAAUUACACCGAUUCGGUCGGUUUGGACACCAAUGGACUCCCAAUACACACGAGUUUGUAUAGGAAUAUGAGAACUAAUAUUCCGAUGGAAAUCAUGGAGUUUCAAGACUUUGCCUCCAACUGCGAGACAUCCUUUGUAUCGCACACUCGUGUACUUCAAUAUCUCGAAGACUACGCAAAACAUUUCAAUUUAUAUCAAUACAUAAAAUUCAAUCAUCAGAUAAUAAGUGUUUCGAGAUCUGAGAAUGUAUGGAAAAUUAUGGUGAAAAAUAUCACAACCGGUGAAAUAAGUGAACACAUUUACGACUCGGUAUUUGUAUGCAACGGCAAGUUCUCAAUACCAUUCAUUCCCACAGACAUUAAAGGGUUGCAUACCUUUAAAGGACAGGUAUUACACACUCAUGACUACAGAGUGGCCGACGGUUUUGAGGGAAAGGUAGUGUUGGUAUUGGGCGGCGGGCCCUCCGGUGUUGACAUUUCCAUAGAAGUGUCAGAAAUAGCAAAACAAGUGAUUUUCUGUCACAGAAAUGCCGAACCAUUUCUAAACCUAUCGGAAAGUAUUGUUCAAGAAUUGAGUGAAAUUCACGAAAUUACUGAAACGGGCGUUGAAUUAAAAAACGGCAAUCAAUACAAAGUGAAUACAAUACUAUUGGCCACUGGAUAUCAAUUGGACUUAUCAUUUCUGGAUAAGAGUUGUGCCAUAAAUGUCACAAACAGUGGACGGGUUGAAGGAAUUUACUUACACUUUAUUAACCAAACGUAUCCAUCGAUGGCUAUUUGGGCCAUAUGUCGGACACCCAUACCAUUCCCUUACUAUCACAUUCAGGUCUCACUAUUCAUCAAAUAUUUGACUCGAGAGCUGGAGUUGCCAUCGAUUGAAGAGAUGGAAAGCCAUAUACAACGGGAACUCUCUUACAGAAAGUCCAUGGGUUUAAGUGAAAGACAUUGCAAUAAGAUUUCUCAAUCAUCUUAUGAUUAUUGCCAUACAUUGACACAAAUGGCAAACAUUAAGCCAUUGAGUCCUGUCGUCAACAAACUUCACGACGAUAUACAAGAAUUCAGAAAACAAGAUAUCAUUGGAUAUAAAAACAUGAAUUUUAGCAUUAUUUCAGAUGAACAAUACUGCAUC